AUGAACAAUUUCGAAAUUCGUGUUUUGCUCCGCCAUUAUUGGAAGAAGGGUCUGUCUGCAAGAGCUGCUGCUGUCGAAAUCUGCGAAGUGGAAGGUGAGGGAACAAUAGGAAAAACUGCCGCAAUAAAAUGGUUCAAGCGAUUCGACGAUGGUGAUUUUGACUUCGAAGACAAGCCUCGUUCUGGUCGACCAGCUCUUCUAGACGAAGAGGACUUGCGUGCCGCUUUGGAAGACGAGCCGUCAUCGAGUACUCGCGAUCUGGCCGAUGAAUUUGGAGUCUGCCAGACAACCAUUGUCGAUUCCCUGCACAAGUUUGGUUUUGUCCACAAGAAGCCACGACAAGAUCCUCACGAACUCACUGAAGCAGAAGCUAUGCGACGUGUUGAAGUUUGCCGUCAACUGCUCGACAAUCCGUUGGACGAUCGGUUUUGGAAGCGCAUUGUGACAUGCGAUGAAAAGUGGGUUUUCUUGGUCAAUCAUGAUCGUUCUAGACGCUGGGUUCCACGAGAUCAAAGUCCAUCACCAGUUGUUCGUCAAGAUCAUUUCGGCAAGAAAGUCAUGUUGUGCGUCUGGUGGAAUGUUGAUGGGGUUGUGCAUUUUGAACUGAUUCCUGAUGGUCGAGCCGUGAAUGCAGAGCUGUACACUGAGCAAUUGGAACGCGUUUACAACGUCUUGAAACAGCGCUACCCGACACUGAUCCACCAGAAACGUGCCCUUCUCCAACACGACAAUGCCUCAGCACAUCGUGCCAAUUUGACGAAGGAGAAGCUUGAUGAACUCGAUGGUAUAGAGGUUCUACCGCAUCCGGCUUACAGUCCUGAUCUUGCUCCUUCUGAUUAUGGCUUGUUUCGUUCAAUGGUGCACUUUUUUCGAGGACAACGAUUUGAAACUUUUGAUCAAGUCGAAGCAGCAUGCCAUGAAUUCUUUGAGUCCAAGGAGCCGCAAUGGUAUCGAGAUCAGAUUCAACAACUUGCAGAACGCUGGCGUAAGGUCAUUGAGAAUGAUGGGUUGUAUUUUGAAGUAUAA